CUUUUAAAUGACCUGUCGAAGAAAAUUCAGAAACGGCGUGAAGAUGGUGUAGAUGACAUCCUUCAUAAAGCUGUAUCAACAUGUGGCUAUGGAUGAGAACUGCCUCGUCUUACAAAAACAAGAGAUCCAACGAGAGUGCUUUUGUGUUUAUGACAAAUUAAUAACGGAAAUGAGAAACAGGUUAGAAGCCUACUCAAAAGUAUCUGAGGAUUUUGGAUUUUUAUCUGGACGAUCACUGCAAAAAAGGACAGUUGCUGAUUUGGAGAACUGUGCCAAAGAUUUAGGCCUCAAGUACAGCAAAGACGUGAACGCCCUCGAAAUAGUAAGAGAAAUAGGAAGUACAGGUAUUUUCGCCAAGGGCGCAGGGAUAGCAAGGUACGUUGCUGGAUGAUAGUAGUUUAAAGCAA